AUGGCAUCAUCAUCGAGAAAACCACCGUCUAACAUAGAGGCUGCUAUAACAUCCAGGGCUCAAAGAGUACAAAUCAAAACAUUAAAAGCAAAAAUACUAAGUCUUAAUAAAGAAUUGUCGGAUCUCAAACAAAAAUUAGAGAUUAGAGAAAAUAAUAACAAAAAUUUACUCGAAAUUAACCAGAAGACCGAGAAAUAUUUAAAUGAUUAUAUUAAAGUAAUGGGAAAAGCAUUAGCUGCUAAAGACCUUAUAAUUUAUUCGAAAGAUCUUGCAAUUUCUAAACUUGUCAAAAAUCAUAGAAAUAAUGCAUCAGAUCUAUUUUUCACAAAUAAUCUUUCUACUGGUGACAGCAAUAAAAUCAAUUACAAUCGAAACCAAAUCAAUAGUAACACUGAUGUCGAUUUCAAUAGUUUGAUUAACAACGAUUAUUUCAACAGUAUCAUUAAAAACAACGACUACCACAACAAUUAUAACUACAAUCUAAAUGAUGAUAAUCAUAUCAUUAACAUCAACGAAAUCGACCGCAAUCACAAUGAUAGCGACAGCGACAACAACAAAGCCGAAUAA